AGUGAUGCCCUCGCACCAACGUAGACCUGAACACGAAGCUGAGACGAAGAACGCUUAGGUUUACGAAGUGUAUCCAUAUCUUGUGCGUUUUCACCUGGUUAUUCAGGCUCAGACCGAUUUGCGUUCGAAUUCUAACAAUUUGGUUCCGAUGGUUUCGUCUAUCCGGCCUGUUUAAACUCGGCUGUGGUCAUAAACAUUAAAAGUUCAAAGAGACGCCAUGGAUGUUACGGAAGCCAAGCGGGAGACGAAGGACAUCUUGUUUCGUCGGAUCGGAGUAGACCUGACCUUGCACGACGGAACCGCGGGUUUCGAAGAUGGGAUCGUUCCUGUCAGGGGACUGGAAGUUGCCAACAAGUUUGGAAUUACAUUUGUUGUGUAUCCAGGAGGUUUCAUUGUCAGAGAAACUUCUGGACUUGUUCGUAUGGCACUGCAAGCAAAGGAUGGUAGAAGUAGCACAAAGGUGCAGCAGGGUGACUACGUAGAUGUACAAGUACCUGGUGUUUAUAUAUUGUCUCUCUCACGAGACGAGCUGACUUUGGCCGCAUGCGUCAGCGAAGGGACAGUUCGAUUCUAUGACGUUCCUACACUCUUCAAGGAGUUGGACAAUAUACCAUUAGAAUCAAGGGAUAUUCCUGAAUGCCAUAUAAAAGAUUUCAGAUGGGGUCCUGCCGAUGACACCUAUCUCAUUUUAUCGAGGGAAGGCCAGCUCUUUUCAGGGCGUGUUGGGGAAACACCUUCGCGUCUUGUAAACAGUGAUGCUGUAGCAGUGUCAUGGAGUCCAGAUGGGAAACACGUCGCGUAUUUAACUCAAGGCGGCGCUGUUUGCGUAACCAAUUCCAGGGUUGAGUUGCAGCACAGCUUUGAACUUCCUUCUCAGCUCGGGGACUUGACUGAAAAUUUGCAUGUUGAGAGCGUAGAAUGGAUUCGCCUUGAUGCAAUGCUGGUUUCCUACACUCAAACCAAUGAGGAUGGAGAGGACGAAGAGUGUCCUCUUAUACUCGUGACUUCCAGGGAGGGAGAUUUUACGAAGAAAGAUGGCACAAUUACAGCAGUUUCGUUCGACAAUACGUUUCCUUCUAUCGAUUCCAGAGUUCUCCCGCCAGCCAGUGGCCCGUACAUGCUUGCCAAAUAUAUUGAACCUUGGGAUAUGGUGAUUGCUGCAAGCAGGCGCAGCGUGGAUGAUCACAUUGUCACUCUGGGGUUGCCUUCAGAGAAUCAUGAAGCGAUUAGUUUUGAACUUAGCAAUGAUACCUGGCUACCUCGUAUUGAACUUCAAGAGAACGGAGAUGAUAAUAUUCUACUUGGGCUUUCUGUUGUUACCACUACCACUGAUCUGCAAGAAGCGGACCCUCGUGAUGACAGUGGAGACACGAAGCUCCCUGCGUGCCCAGUUUUGAUGUGCUUAUCGCUUGGAGGGAAGCUUAGUCUUUUCUUGGUGGCUAGGCUCGAUAAGAAUUCCCUUGCUAUGGAGUUCAUUUCUCCUCCUUCUAAGCUUCCGAAGGUUACUCGUUCUAAAUCCAAGUCAAAGUCUUCUGGAGAUAUUGCUUUAGAGGCCUCUCAACAGUCUGCCAACAUAGAAAUUCCCGUUUCACAACAUGCAGAAAGCAAGCAGACUAGGGAGGGAACAGAAGAUGAACCUUCCGUGAUAUCUGGAAGUGAUGCGAAUAGAGAGAACGAUGGCAACGAUAACGAUGAAAUUCUCUCACGCCUCCCAGCUUCAGGCAGAUAUGGAAAGUUGUCAGAGGCUCUAAAGAAAGGUCCCUUACUAAAGGGGGAGGGUUCUCUGUUAUCUAAAGAGACUCCAUCAAUGCCAAGUCUACAAACAGCUGGAUCUUCAGCUUUGAUCAGCCUUGGAUCUGCAGGAACCAGCGACAUCAGCCAUUUAAGCACAGUGAAGGGUGCUCCAUCUGACAUCGGCCAAACGCAGCAAACAGGACCUACAAAUCAACCCCCUUCGCUUCUAACCAGGACUGUACCUGAAGUGCAGUCUGCUACUAGUCAAACUUCUCUACUUUCUCAUCUAAUAAACUCACAGUCAUUUAGCUCAGGUCUUUUUGGCUCGGUAGGAAACGGUGAAAGCACUCGCCAACCUACCCCACCUUUCCAGGGCACGCCUCCUGCUUCUUCAUCAUUCGGUAAUAUUCGACCCUCCGUCCAAUUUACUCCGACCUCGCAAGGCCCACUAGCCUCUAACCUUAAAGCUCCUGAAUCAUCUGGUUUAUUUGGCUCAAUGGGAAACGGAAAAGGUGCUCUUAAGGGAUUGCAGAAAACCAAUUCCAGUGGAGCUAGAACGCUUUCUGGAUCCUCAGCGAAACAGUCAGGUGUUUCAGAACCUGAGCAAGCCUUCUAUGAUCAAUUAGAGCAGAUAAGAAGAAUGGGUGGUGAAUUGGAUAAUCUUAUGGCUUAUAUUGAAGGACGGGGUGAGAAGACCUCAGGCAAUCAUCCUCCGUGCUUUACAAAGAAUUCUCUCAACGAGCUGGAGUUGGAGCUUCGGAACCUAGCUGAUAAUUGCAAAACGGCCAAGGAGCGGGUAGAAGCACAGAGACAGAGUCUUAAUAACUUGCGCGAUGAAAAUUUGCAAUUAGAAGCGUGGAGAUUGUACAUUCGAAGCAAAACAGAACAAGCCGGAGACAACCGGCAUCAAGAGCUGUGGAUUCGGCGCAAAUUGACACCAGAUCUGGACGUGAAACGGAAACGCGUUACCAAGGCAGAACAGGCCCUUAAGCAACAGAUUGCUGCAUUAGAAGAACAUAUUCACCACCUGGAGCUUGAUAAUAGAAAGCGGGUUGUUAGUCAAAAAGGUGGAGUGAACAUAAACCGGCAGACAAGCGCAGGGCGGAGUCAGUCGGUUCAAAAUCUUUACAGCACGGUAAAUGGACUUCUUGCCUCGGCAGACCGUCUUUCUCAACAGGUGGCUCAGCAAAUGGAGGUGCUACAUAUAUCUGCACAGCCACGAACAGCUCAAAAAAUCAUGCUAUCUGUUGGUUUGCCUUCGGAUGGGACCUCCCAUGUGCAAACUCGACCAACUUUCAGUGGAACCGUACCUAGUCCUCUUGCUCGACAACAAUCAUUUCAUUCUCCAUGUAUUAAGGCCGAGUUAGGGUUGCCAAUACACACUACUCCACCUAGGCGAACUAUCCCCUCUGACUCUGGAGUCGGGGCUCCAUCGAUUACCAGGAGGAGAAGGGAUUCCAUGGAUGGGGUUCAGAAGGCGUUAGCGUUGGCAGGAGGAGCUUCUCCAAAGACAAUGAUUGAACGAGUCUCACAUCACACACCCUCUCAUCAACCAAAUGCCUCUAAGCAAUAUGUUCGUCAAAGAUCAUUUCAGGAGUCUUCUGAGAAGAUUUCCUCCCAUCCUCGACAUGUGAGGCGAGUUUUAUCAAGUCAAGCACAGUCGGCAACUUCAAGUUCUGCUCCAUCCAUAUUAAGUGUGCCAAAAAAUAAGGCCUCUUCUAUCCCCAUUGGAUUCUCCGAAAAUUCCGCCGUCACGAACCUGGAGGGUUCACAAGCUUCUCCUUUCAUGUCUGAACGAGAACCCAGAGAUAUUCGACCUGAUUCAAAAAGUGCAGUUCCUAGAAACUCCUCAUCUAUCGCUGAGAAGUCGGUACCUACUCUGACUUCAAGGUUUGGACCACCACCUGGGAGGACAUCAUCAAGCCCUACUUCAGUUGUAAGCACAAGUUCUAAUGUGGGCGUUAGUUAUUCUACUGGAUCACUCUCGUCAAAUACUUCAUCAGAGAGCGUCUUUAAGUUAACCAACAGCAAUCCUUCCAACCCUGCACCCUCUUUCUCAUUCGCUACAGCACCAUCAUUUGCAAAACCGACCGGUACCUCGGGCACAUCUGGGUCCAUGUCUUUUGGAAAGCAAGUGAGCAACACAAGCUCAUCAAAUGAGGGUGCAACUGUUUCAUUACCAACUUUGUCCAGCUCCGCAAUUGGUUCCGCUACGUCCAAUGCUACGACUGGAGUCUCGGCUACCACAAAGCUGGGGAUCGGGAGUACUAAAUCUGGUUCUGGUUUCAAUUCGAAGCCUUCGGUGGAUAGUGAGAAAGAAGACAAGCCUAAUUUUGGAUUUAAGCCACCUUCCUUUGGAAUCCCUGCUUUCGGUACUUCCUCCUUCAAGCCGGUUGCUACUCCAUCUUCAGCUAUAGCUUCCCCUGCAGUGACGUCUGCAUCAUUUGUACCCCAGGUAAGCAUUUCUGGGACUGUUCUAACAAAUCCAUCGCCAUCUCAAGUCCUAGGCAACCAUCCGCCUUCCUCGCCCAAUGAAUCUGCUUCUCCAACUCUCGACCAGGCACCAUCUGCCAAGGGAAGUAUGCUUUUUGGACAAACUUUCACACCAACUUCAACUUCCCAGACUCCAUUUGUUUUUCCUGCGGCAAGCCCUCCAACAGCGACCUUCAGUGUGCCACCAAUCACGACUCCUGAAUCGGAUGAGGAAGACAUGGACGAGGAACAGGGGACUGGAGGAACAUCUGUAGGAGGGUUCAAUCUUGAGGGUUUAGGGCUAGGGAGCUGCAGCACUGCACAGCCUCAAGCCCCGAAGCCUAGCUUAUUCGGAAACUCUGUGCCAUUUGGCACGCAGCAAACCUCUUCAGGAUUUGGUAUGUCAUCACCGCAGGGUCAACUUUUCAGGCCACCAUCAUUCAGUUUGCCAUCUGCUCAGUCACCUCCACAGACGAAUGUAGGAUUUGGUUUUGGACAUCCCACUACGUCACAAGCUGGAUCUAGUCCGUUUGGAACAGCCUUUGGAAGCACUACAAGUAACCCUCCUAGCGUUAAUCCUUUCGGAACUACUCCAGCAGGGUCUGCUACAGCAUUUGGAAGUCCUGCGCCGCCUGGAGCAGGUGGUUUUGGUCAGCCCUCUCAAGUUGGACCAGGACAGAAAGCUUUAGGUAGUGCACUUGGAACAUUUGGUCAGACGAGGCAAAUGGGAUUUGGGUCGACAACCCCAUUUGGCUCCACACUUAGUGCAGGCUUUGGUAGUACUCCUUCAGGAGGAGGCCUUGGUAGUGCUGCCACAAUAGGAGGUUUCGCAAGUGCUGCCACGGGAGGGGGUUUCGCGAGUGCUGCCACGGGAGGGGGUUUCGCUAGUGCUGCCUUGGGAGGGGGUUUCGCGAGUGCUGCAACUGGAGGGGGUUUCGCGAGUGCUGCCACCGGAGGUGGUUUCACUAGUGCUAGUGGAGCGUCAGGUGGUGGUUUUGCUGGCGUAACUGGAGGAGGUUUCCAAGCAUUUGGAGGGGGAGGACAGCCCGCAUUUAGUUCCUCAAGUCCUUCAGCUCCAAGCCUAUUCACUCAAAUGAGAAAGUAGUGUGAUGUGCUUGGUUCCUGAUUGUACAAGCGUGUUAAGCAGUGUUAAGCAGUCUCAAUUUUAUGUUGUUUAAUGAACUUAAGUAACUUUACAGUUUCAAUUGAGAUACAACUUUGUGCGGCAUGUAGGCAUAAAGGGGGUGAAUUUUCAUAUUAUCAUUAGAUGUUCAACAUUGUAGUAAAGACGUGACAUAUUCUUCGUGGGAUGGUGUCUCUUGCAUUGACGGCAACAUUUAGGAAGUACCAUUUUUGUGAUACGUCUAAGUUUUCAUUUAUCAAUGCUAUAUUUCUCUUGUGUAUGUCUUUAUAGUUCAA